GUUAUCAUUGGUGUAGCAGAAGAUCGUGCUCGACAAAGCAAGAGGACGGUACAGGAAGAACUCGACGCAAUUACGGAGAAACUCGCACAACUUGAAGCGCCAACGUUGAACACGGCUGCCAAAGCUGAUGCGAACGGCGUCUACUCUCGACUAACGGAUCACACCAAGUACACUGGCGCUCAUAAGGAACGAUUUGAUGCUGAGGGUAAAGGUUAG